CUUUUUAUGAUUUAUUAAACUUUUGGACUUUCUUCAUAAAAGGAGUGCGAGACGCGAGUGGGACUCACUUCGCUGGUUUUUUGUGUUCCCCGCAGCCAGCAGGUACCUGAGAAGAACGAGUCCUAAGUCCUAACUGUCUAGCAUCUGGAGAGAGCUAGUGUGUGCUAGUAGCCAAACACUCUGCUCCUGGCAUUUUUUUCUGCUUAAAAAUCUCCACCUGUCACUUUCCUCUCUCUUUCUGUUCUUUCUCAGGAGUUCAGUUUCUUCUUCUUCUGUUCCAUUCCAAACCAAACAGCACCAAACAAAUUCCAAAUGGCGACGAUUACUUCUUUAACCGACGCUGCCUCCAUCGCCGCCGCCGAUAUAUCGUCUUUCCGCAACGUUACCGAUAAUUCUCUGUUCGAAUCCGGGAUUCAUCGGACUAAACGACGUCUCUUUUUCCGUAAAGGAGAUGCAGCUUUUUCUAUCAGAUCCAUGAAGAUCACUCCAGCUCGGACCGGCACUCUUACCUGCUCAAACGGCCGUCUAAACGCCGACAAGCUGAACCCGACGGUUGAGCUGUUAAAAGUCGGGGCUUUAGGCCAAGUGAAAAUGAACUCGAGUUCUCGGAGGAAAACCAAGAUUGUUUGCACAAUCGGUCCUUCGACGAGCUCCCGUGAAAUGAUAUGGAAACUGGCUGAGGCUGGAAUGAAUGUGGCUCGAUUGAAUAUGUCCCACGGAGAUCAUUCUUCUCAUCAGAAAACCAUUGAUCUCGUUAAGGAAUACAAUGCUCAAUUUGAAGACAAAGUCAUUGCCAUUAUGUUGGACACUAAGGGUCCUGAGGUUAGAAGUGGCGAUGUGCCCCAACCAAUACAGCUUAAAGAGGGACAAGAAUUUAAUUUCACCAUCAAAAGAGGAGUUAGCUCAGAAAAUACUGUUAGUGUAAACUAUGACGACUUUGUGAACGAUGUGGAGGUUGGAGACAUACUAUUGGUAGAUGGUGGAAUGAUGUCAUUAGCUGUGAAGGCAAAGACAAAGGAUUUGGUUAAGUGUGUAGUAGUUGAUGGCGGAGAACUAAAAUCAAGGCGCCAUUUAAAUGUGCGUGGAAAAAGUGCAACUCUGCCAUCAAUAACAGACAAAGAUUGGGAAGAUAUCAAAUUUGGGGUGGACAACCAAGUUGAUUUUUAUGCUGUUUCUUUUGUGAAGGAUGCUAGAGUGGUCCAUGAGUUGAAGGAUUAUCUGAAAGGCUGCAAUGCAGACAUUCACGUUAUUGUGAAAAUUGAAAGUGCUGAUUCUAUACCAAAUCUUCACUCUAUAAUUUCUGCUUCUGAUGGGGCAAUGGUUGCUCGUGGAGACCUUGGAGCUGAACUUCCAAUUGAGGAGGUCCCUUUAUUGCAGGAAGACAUCAUUAGAAGGUGUCGUAGUAUGCAUAAACCUGUAAUAGUGGCAACAAAUAUGCUUGAAAGCAUGAUUAAUCAUCCUACACCAACAAGAGCUGAAGUUUCUGACAUCGCAAUUGCUGUUCGAGAAGGUGCUGAUGCAAUUAUGCUUUCUGGAGAAACUGCACAUGGAAAGUACCCAAUUAAAGCUGUUAAAGUUAUGCACACUGUGGCAUUGAGGACCGAGUCAAGUCUUCCAGUUAGCAUUAUGCCUCCAGUUCGUUUUAAUGCUUACAAGAGUCAUAUGGGCGAAAUGUUUGCUUUCCAUUCCACAACUAUGGCUAACACCCUUAACACGCCAAUCAUUGUCUUUACAAGGACAGGAUCCAUGGCUAUACUAUUAAGUCAUUACCGUCCUUCCUCAUCAAUCUUUGCCUUCACAAAUGAGGAAAGGAUUAAGCAGAGACUGGCACUUUAUCAAGGGGUCAUGCCCAUAUAUAUGCAGUUUUCAGAUGAUGCAGAGGAGACCUUCUCCCGAGCACUCAAGCUAUUAAUGGACAAGAAUUUGGUGAAGGAGGGAGAGCAUGUUACUCUUGUCCAAAGUGGAGCACAACCGAUCUGGCGUCGGGAAUCAACCCAUCACAUCCAAGUUCGAAAAGUCCAAGCAUAAUUCUAUGUUUUGAAGAGUGAAGACACUUUUUCUUGUGAUUGAAGUUACUAAGGAGUAGGUAAUACACAGUGGACAUGGUUUUGGUUUUAGUUUUAGUUUUUGUAUGCAACGUUGUAACUUUUGUCCAAGUAAUAAUCAGAAUUUUCUUUUUGGGUAAACGAAAUUGAAAACACAAAAUCUAGUUAUUCACUGAAAUGUUUCAUGUGAAGGAUAUUUUGGUUGAUAAAAGAAUUCAGAUGUGGCAAAGGCAUUCCGUUGCA